AUGAGAAAGGCCAAAACAUCCAGUGGGGAAGAAGGUAGUUUGACCGGCCCUGCUGCGGAGGAGCGGUCUUUCGUGCCCCUCCUCUCGCUCUGUAGAUACUGCCACGUGAAUGUGCCAGAUGAGCUGCUGAGGGACCUGCUUCCAGGACCUGUGACUCUGGUCUUAAAGCGUUCAGAAGAACUAAAUAAAGACUUGAAUCCUUUCACAUCGCUGGUUGGUGUUCGUAUUCCAAACCAUCCUUUUAUUAGGGAGCUCGCACGAGCUUGCUCUGGACCACUGGCUUUAACGAGUGCAAACGUUAGCUGUCAGGCAAGCACACUGACAGUUUCGGAGUUCCAAGACCUUUGGCCUCAGUUGUCCUUAAUCAUUGAUGGAGGCCCAGUAGGGGAUGUCCAGAGCCCAGAAUGUCGUCUGGGGUCAACUGUGGUUGACUUAUCAGUAUCGGGGAAAUUCAGCAUCAUUCGCCCUGGCUGUGCACUGACAUGUACAGUUGAAAUCCUGAGGCAGAAGUAUGGCUUGAUACCAGAAUCAUCUUGAGACUUCAAACUCUGAGGAAGCUCUACAGAGCUGGUAAAGCUGGGCACUGUGUGCCUGCCUGUGCGUUCAGGAAGGGAGCAUUAAUGGCCUUGUUUAAUAAGGUCAGUGGGUUAUGUUGGAGUACUAAGGGUAAUGAGAGCAACAGUUAAUGGGUACCCAUUAGUGUCAUAUCUGCUAUAGCCUGAGAAACCAACCCGAUAUUUAUGCUGAUCUCUUUGUGGUGGUGUGCUGUUCCCAAAUACCUGUAUCUGUCUUAUUAAGAUGAUUAGGCCUUUGAAAUAAAAUAAUUUGAACACGA